AUGGAUGAUGAGUCUGUAAAGCUUAUCAUGAGAACAAACCCAGCCAGCUUAGAACAGAACCCAAAAACUACAGUCCUUGAUGUCUCAGCUUCGAUCCAGAAAACAAUUGAUCUACUCUCAUUUGAACCCCAAUCCAUAGAACAAACACUGAACCCACAAGAACAGAGCUUCACGUCUUCAUCUUCACUCAAUCUCCAGCUACAUUCUCGAUCCUCACUUCACAAAGCUUCACACGGAGACUACCAGUCACUGACUUUAGCUCGACUCGAGCGUGACUCUGCCCGAGUGAAGUCGCUUCAGACUCGGUUAGAUCUGGCUAUUCAUGGCAUUGUUAAGUCAGAUCUGGAACCAGUGGAGACUGAGUUCGAAGCUGAGGAGUUGGAAGGACCGGUGAUUUCGGGAACGAGUCAAGGAAGCGGUGAGUACUUCUCCCGAAUCGGAAUCGGUCGCCCACCGAGUCAAGUUUACAUGGUUCUCGACACCGGUAGUGAUGUCAACUGGGUGCAAUGCGCACCCUGCGCCGAUUGUUACCAGCAAGCCGAUCCAAUCUUUGAGCCGGCUUCGUCGUCUUCGUAUUCGCUUCUCACUUGCGAUACUCAUCAAUGCAAAUCGCUUGACGUGUCGGAAUGCAGAAACGACACGUGCCUCUACGAAGUCUCCUACGGCGAUGGAUCGUACACUGUCGGCGAUUUUGCAACGGAGACUAUAACUUUUUCCGGCUCGGCUUCUGUUAACAACGUAGCCAUAGGCUGUGGACACAAUAACGAAGGCUUAUUCGUCGGAGCCGCCGGCUUAAUCGGACUGGGCGGCGGUCCACUUUCGUUUCCUUCCCAAAUCAACGCCACGUCAUUCUCUUACUGCCUCGUAGACCGUGACUCCGACUCAGCCUCAACUCUCGACUUCGACUCAGAAACCCCUCGUAACGCCGUCACCGCUCCGUUACUCCGUAACCAGAAGCUUGACACAUUUUACUAUCUCGACUUAACGGGACUCAGUGUGGGCGGUGAAUCACUGUCACUUCCUCCGUCAAGUUUUCAACUGAACGAUAACGGUGACGGCGGAGUUAUUAUUGACUCAGGAACGGCGGUGACUCGGUUACAGACAAACGUUUACAACUCGCUCCGUGACGCUUUCGUUAAAGGAACGAAGGGAUUGCCGUCAACUAACGGUAUGGCAUUGUUCGACACGUGUUAUAAUCUGUCGUCGAGGAAGAGUGUUGAGGUUCCAACGGUGUCGUUUCACUUUUCGGACGGGAAGGAAUUGUCGUUACCGGCGAAGAAUUACCUGAUACCGGUUGAUUCGGUGGGGACGUUUUGCUUCGGGUUCGCUCCGACGUCUUCUUCUUUGUCGAUUAUUGGGAAUGUGCAGCAACAGGGAACACGUGUUAGUUUCGACCUUGCAAGUUCUCUUAUUGGUUUCUCACCCAAUAAGUGCUAGGAAAAAUAGUAUAAUUUUCUUUCCGUUAUUACCAUUGUCGAAGAGAAGAUUUUACGCUUUUCUGGGUGGGUUGGUGGGACCGCCAUCAAUAAGUGUAAAGUGAUGAGGUGGGGCCACCUUGUGGGUGUGUAUUAUUACUGCAAUUUAGUGGUUUUUCAUUUAUUUAUUUUGGUGAGUGAAUUGAAGCUGUGAGUGUGUAUUGAUGGAAGAACGGUGGGAAGCUGUGGAUGCUAAUGUGACCCUUGUGACUUGUGAAGCAUUACUUUCUCGUUGUUUACUUCCUAGCUGUUUAUUUC